AUGGUAAACAAAAAUGUUAUCAAUGAAGCAAAGAGCAACAAGUCGGUCCCAAUUCCCAAAAAGGUAGUAAACAAGCAAGCCAAAAGCGUCUGUUUGUCUCCUUUCAAGAUCAUCUUAAAAGACAAGAGUAAAAAGUCUCAUGCCAAACAAACUCCUAAGAAGAAGAAGAAGAGUUCAGAGCAUCCUGAUAACGGAAAGAGUCCAAGACGAUCAUCCCCUAGGUUUAAGAACACUCCAGAGGAACCUCAUAAUGCUGAAAAGACUACUCAGAACAAUUUAGAGGAACCACAUGAUGCUGAAAAGACUACUCCAACACGAUCUUCAUCUCGUAAAACUAAAAGCGCAGUUGAACCAGCCGCUGAAAAGACAACUCCAACACGAUCAUCACCUAGGAAAAGUAAAAGUUCAUCUGAACCAGAACCAGAACAAUCUCAAUCAUUACAGUCCACAUCAGGAGCAUCUCAAGAUGCACCCUGUAGUGAAGCUGUUAACAAGCAGAAAAGUGCAAAACAGAAAUUGUACUCAGGGCCAUGUCCGAAUGUGCAACUCAGGAAUGUGAAUGAUACUUUCUCAGAUCUUCAAGAUGAGGAAGAAGAUGAAGAUGAUGAACAAGAAGAGAAGUAA